AUGGAUAAAAAUAAUAAUAAUAAUAAUAAUAAUAAUAAUAAUAAUAAUAAUAAUAAUAAUAAUAAUAUAAAUAAAUAUAAAGAUACUUUUUAUAGUUUAAUAAAAAAUAUAGAAGGAUUUGGUAAAGAAAGUUUGCGAACAUGGAAAUUAUUAUACAUUGAUAAUGACAUUAUUAAAAUAAUGGUAGUUGUUAGAGAUGAUAUGGUAAAUGUAUUUGGUGGUAUCCAUGGAGGAUGUCUUAUUGGAAUGAUGGUCAGUGCAGGUACAAUUUUGGAUUUGGUUAUCAAGGACACUCUAUUAACUACUCUUGGAUUAACAUCAUCUAUAGUUACAAAUGGUAGAGUAGGUGACACACUCAUCAUCACAUGUCUGGUUGAUAGAAGGACCAAAUUAGGUUUUUGCUUUUCAAGUGCCAAGGUAGAGAAACUUAAAAAAGGCACCAUUGAUAUAUCUGAAAACGAAGCCAACACUGAUGAAUACGGCACAGUUUACAAAGAUGAUCAAUUAUCAUUGGUUGCAACAACACUAAUAGUAUUUAAAAACUAUCCUUUUAAGGAAAAAGCUUCAUUAGUCAAAGAAAUUGAAAAAUCAAAUAAAAUUUCAAUUUCAAAUAAUAAACUAUAA